AAAAUGAAAUAGUAAGAAAAAGAACUGUAAUUAUGGCAUUCCCGGUGUUCGUACCUGACGAGUUAGUGGUCCCACCGCCGUCUGACCACAUCCAAAAUAAUCUUGUGAAACAUCUUCAAAUGAAAGACAAUGUCUUCUCGUCUUUUGAGUAUCUACCUAUCCAAGACAGCUUUAUCUUACAGCAUCUACGCAAGAAAAAGGGAAAAGAAGUCGUAGAUUUUAUCAUGGUCGUAACCUUUCAAGAGACCGAAGCAUCGAGCAAGGAUGGUACCGCUAUGGAUGUCAUCAAGAAAGGAAUUUGCUACGAAGGGUCAUGUUAUAGGUUCCUUGGCCAUACUGAUAGCCAGCUCUCCACCAAGACGUGCUAUUUGAUGCAUGACUCGGAACUUGCUAUCUACGACUAUUUUCAAACGUUUGCUGAUUUUAAUGCAAUUUCCAGUGUUUCCAAAAGAUCUGAAUAUAUCGGGAAUCUCUUUGUAGGGUUUGAUAGACACAUGUCACUCAAAGAAAACGACUACUUCGUGAUUGACGACAUAAAGAAAGGAAGGCAUAGUUUCACUAACGGCUGUGGUUACAUGAACAUGCAGCUUGCAACUGAAGUAAAACAGCUUGAAAACUUGCAGUACAUUCCUAGUAUUGUGAAGAUCGUCUAUCAGGGAUUUUUUGGUACUCUUGUGGCUCGGACAGAUUUGAACUUCGUAAAAGUUGAAUUCAGAAAUUCCAUGAAAAAGUUUAGUUCUCAAAACAGGGAUCUCCUUACCAAUAUGACAUCGUUAGGAAUACUAGACUACUCACGACCCUACACCAACGGCUAUCUUGGCUGUAAAGACGUUAUGUUAUUGGUUGAUAGAGGAAUACAACGCGACUACUUGAGCCAAUUACAGGACGAGUACUACUCUCUGUUGGAUAAUCUCUGUACAAGUAAAUCGCAGGCUGCGUACUAUCUGGAGACGUCGGGUCACAACGACCUUCUCAAAUUGCUCAACAACGAAGGAUUUCCCUCUGUAAAAGAGAAAAUGCUCAAACUACGCGAGGAAGAAAUGAAAAAGAUACGUGGCGAAGACCUGAAGGUAGAAGCGGCUUACAAUAAUAGGAGUAUCCUUAGGAUACUUGUACCGAAAUCUAGAGUCGUCAUGGCUGCAUCAGAUCCUUACUCUCUUCUUGACUAUGGUGAGUGUUACUUCAAUCCUACAUUAUCCAAGCAAGAAGAAAGGGACUUUGCUGAAGUUGACAAAGUGGUUGUCUUCCGCCAGUCAAGUUACUAUUCAGGCGACGUCUUAGUCCUUCGACUUGUCCGUAAAAACAAAGACUACGAACACCUUAAAGAUUGCAUUAUAUUUCCAACUAAAGGGGGUAAUCCCCAUGCGCUUGAGUGUGGAGGUGGUGAUCUUGCAAGAGACAAAUUCUUCGUCACUUGGGAUCUGAACCUUAUUCCAAAGUGGCACGCAGCCCCGUUUCCAUAUGGUCCCAGUACUAUUGCACACCURGGAGGUCGUAUCUAUGAACAAGGUCUUCAACUCAGGUUCCGUGAUCGAGCCAAGGAGUACAUGAACACAAUGUUUGGUUACCCUGACAACUACGCUAAACAAAUGAAGAUGACACAGCGACAAGAACUUGCACAGUACUUUGCGAACUACGACGCUAAUCUGAUUUCCAGGUUUGACUCUAUAUUCAUGAAGUACGCCUCAGCUUUGGGUCCAUCUUGUAAACAGUGUCUUCAUCUUCACCAUGCUUACUUCCGGUCAGCCAGCAUCUUGGGAAAGGGAGAGGACCUAGAACGAGUGAUAGCCAAUUAUGAGGCUGAGUAUAAAGAAUUACUGAGACCGGAGACGAAGCCAAAACGAUGUUGUUUAGUGAAUCGUCUGGUUAAAUAUGGAUGGCUUAAGCCUUUCUUCGACCCUGGGGAUGACGUUUGGAAUAUCAUGGAGAGACGUGCUAUCACAUUUGUACAACAACUUGAGAAACUACAAGAAGAAGGUGCUGGCAAAUGACACAACAAGAAAACUGAAGAGUUCCCUUAAGUGCUUCAAUCAAUCAUUUCCGAACUUAUUUUUUGCAAAAUGGUCUUAUUUGGCCAGAUACAAGUCACUAAAUUGAAGCCAUUAUUGUUAUUGUGAAGUGCAAAAAUUUAUUUCUUAAUGCGCGCGCGCGAACAUUCGUUCGCAGAUGACGGCUCAGCUUCCAUGGUUUUCCGUGUAAUCAAUUCUACCAUCAGAAGGGGCAUUGACUAUGGAAAUUUUUUCUUCUUUUCUGAAAAGGUGUUUGCUCGCAUAUGUUCUAUGUACAAUUCUAUCACGAACGCUGUGAUGCGUCAAGAUUAUAAAACAGACUAGACCAAGCAACUCCAUGGACAAAUAUUCUGACUGAACAAUAGCUUUUCAUUUUUUGCAAUCAUUAUUGGCUUGACUAUUCUGUUAUACAAAGAGUUCGUAGCCUGGAACGACCGGAAUUCGAGACAUCUCUUCUUUAACUUAAGGGAAACAACACAGUUUAGAAGGUAAUGUAGGUAUGCAAUACCUUUACCUUCCUUGACCAUUUUCCCUUUUUACUAGAUUUGCGCGAUAAAUCUAAGAACGAACAGUUUAAUGGAUAUGCAUUGUAAAUUAGCUAUAAUUGUUUAUGAUACAUGUAUAAUAUACCGACUCUCUAUUGUCUUGUUUAGCUAUCAAUGUUUUUAUUAAUAUACAUCACUGACGAUACUGCAGUGCUUAAAGCGCUUUAUAUUGUCACUGUAAUGACUGAUGUUGAGAAAUUCGUUCAAACGACAAA